GUUAUUGUAAUGUGAAUAAAAUAUGCAAAUAUUUUAAUUUUUCAUGCGAACCGGUUUAGUAUUUUUCCAUUCAAGCGUAACUUUAUAGUUUAUAGUAUUUCUAUAUUUAUUUUGAGACAGUAGAGUGCCAAACUGCAAAAAUGGAUAUAAAAUCUUUUCUUUUUACUUGGUGCGCGAGAAGAAAUCUAACGCCUGAAUUCAAUAUCCGUGCUACCGGACCGAAACAUCGUCAGCGUUUCCUGUGUGAGGUUCGCGUAGAUGGCUACACUUAUGUUGGGGCAGGGAAUUCUAUCACUAAGAAAGAAGCUCAGAAGAAUGCUUCACGGGAUUUUAUUAAUUAUUUAGUAAGGUCUGAAGUGCUUAACGAAAUAGAAGUUCCUGUCGAUGCUAAUGUCAUAAAUCAAACUCCAGAAACUACAGGGAUCAUUGCUAACAUUAAACCAGAUCAGUCACAAAAUCAAAAACCAGUUUUCCAGGAAGGAAUGGAUCCCCAAAGUAUGGGACAAGCGUAUCAUGCAGUAGGCGGGCCAAGCGAAACAUAUACAUACAUGGACCGUCUACAACAACAAAAGAAUGUUGCGGAAGCAGAAGAUUUGGAUGUUAACGCCAGUCUCCAUGGCAACUGGACCAUGGAGAAUGCUAAAUCGAAACUGCAUCAGUAUAUGCAGAUGAAUAAAAUUAAUGCAGAUUAUGCUUACAAAGCUGUAGGUCCGGAUCAUACAAGGAGCUUCUGUUGUGAAAUGACUAUAUACGUAAGAGACUUGGGUCGUAACGUGACUGGUCGUGAGACGGCCUCUAACAAACAGACAGCGAGUAAAUCUUGCGCUCUGUCUAUUGUUAGACAAUUGUACCAUCUCGGUGUUAUUGAAGCCUUUAGUGGUACGCUGAAGAAAGAUAGAUCUGGUGAAGGUAUUAUGAAACCUUACCCUGUGGCUAUAAGUCCUCAGUUGGAGCAAGAAAUCGAAGAGACAUUACAAGAUUUAGGUAUAGAACCAAUGGAUGUUGAAAGUGUUAAAAGUGAGAGUACGCAAGAGGGAGAAAGCAAAGUGGUAACACUGCUGCAGUUAGAUAGAGCUAAAGCGAUGAGGGAAGCUCGCCCCGUCCCCGGGGGAGUGGUCUCCUGGUCCCCACCACAACAGAACUGGAAUGUAUGGACUGCUUGUAACAUUGAUGAAGGUCCUCUGGCGACGUCCAGUUUGGAAGAUAUAAGCAAUGAUCUUGAGAAGCAUCAUAGAUCUAUGUGUCAGAACAGUCAGCUGUAUCAGGAAAGCCUCAAAGAAAGGGAACAGUUACCGGUAUUUUCUAUGAAAAAUUCCAUAAUGGAAGCCAUUAAUGAGAACCCGGUGGUCAUUAUCCGAGGUAACACCGGCUGCGGAAAGACUACUCAGGUGUGCCAGUUCAUAUUGGACGACUAUAUAGCAAGUGGUCAGGGCGCGUGGGCCAACGUAUGUGUGACGCAGCCGCGCCGCAUCUCCGCCGUCAGUGUAUCUGAACGAGUUGCUAAUGAACGCUGCGAGGAAUUAGGCAAUAGUGUGGGAUAUUCAGUUCGUUUUGAAUCAAUAUUACCGCGGCCAUACGGCUCUAUAAUGUUCUGUACAGUCGGUGUGUUAUUAAGGAAGUUAGAAAGUGGCCUGCGAGGAGUCAGUCAUGUGUUAGUGGAUGAGGUUCAUGAGCGAGACGCGGAUACUGACUUCGCUUUAAUUCUGUUACGAGAUAUGGCUCAUACUUAUCCUGAUUUGAGGAUAAUAUUAAUGUCUGCUACAGUUGAUGUAACUUUAUUCACCAAUUACUUUGGAAACUGUCCUGUUAUUGAGAUCCCCGGACGUACGUAUCCAGUACAACAAUAUUUCUUAGAAGAUUGCAUUGAACUGACUCAGUUCAUUCCACCUCCAGAUAUACGUAAGAGAAAGGUUUCCGGCAAACGAGUUAAUAAAGAGGAAGAUGAUGACGAGGAUGAAGGUUUGGGAGAUGAUCCUGAGGAAGAUUGGAAUAGAAAUUGUGUCCUUGGAAACAAUUACACACAACAUACCAAAGAUACUAUAAGCAAAAUGUCUGAGAAAGAUCUAAGUUUCGAAUUGAUAGAAGCAUUAUUGCUAUAUAUAAAAAAUUUAGAUGGCGACGGAGCUGUGUUAAUAUUUCUAACCGGAUGGAAUAUUAUAUUCGCUCUGGCGAAACAUUUAAUGAGAUCAAGUAUCUUUGGGGAUACAUCAAAGUAUUUAAUUCUGCCACUUCACAGUCAGAUACCAAGAGAAGAUCAGAAGAAAGUCUUUAUAACACCACCUCCGGGCAUUACUAAGGUGAUAAUAGCAACAAAUAUAGCGGAAACAUCAAUAACAAUAAACGAUGUUGUUUACGUGAUUGAUUCAUGCAAGGCCAAGAUGAAACUGUUUACAUCUCACAACAAUAUGACAUCCUAUGCCACUGUAUGGGCCAGCAGGACUAACUUGGAACAGCGCAAAGGUCGUGCGGGACGAGUACGACCCGGCGUCUGCUUCACGUUGUGCUCACGAGCUCGCUACGAACGUCUCGACGAGCACCAGACGGCGGAGAUGUUCCGCACACCGCUACACGAACUUGCCCUCAGUAUAAAGUUGCUGCGACUGGGCAGUAUCGGACACUUCCUGUCGAAGGCUCCGGAACCGCCUCCGGUGGACGCCGUCAUUGAAGCUGAGGCUCUGCUCCGUGAACUCGGAUGUCUGGAUGCUGCGGAUGCUCUCACACCUCUCGGGACUAUACUGGCUAAGCUUCCUAUAGAGCCACGUCUGGGUAAGAUGAUGGUGCUGGGCUUUGUGCUGGGCGUGGGCGAUGCUCUGACCACGAUGGCUGCGAACUCCACCACCUUCCCGGAGAUCUUCAUAGUGGAAGGUCGCAGGAGGCUGUCCAUGCACCAGCGAGCUCUCGCCGGUGAUAGAGCAUCUGAUCAUGUCGCCAUGUUGAAUGCAUUCCAAAUGUGGGAGAGAGAGAGGGCGAAAGGUGAAGAUGCAGAGAUGCGUUGGUGCGAGUGGAAAGGUGUGCAGCAAACAACUCUCCAGGUCACAAAUGAGGCGAAAAUGCAACUCACUAAUAUUCUAACAACAACGAUAGGUUUCCCUGAAGAUUGUUGUAUACCGCAGCGCUGGAUGCCAUACAGCCCUGACCCUAUGCUGGAUCAGGUGAUGGCAUUGCUGUGUAUGGGCCUGUACCCUAAUGUGUGUGUGCAUCAAGGCAAGAGGAGGGUGUUAACAACAGAAGGAAAGUCAGCAUUAAUACACAAGACAUCAGUUAACUGCAACAACCUGGAGCAGAGGUUCCCCUCGCCGCUGUUCGUGUUCGGGGAGAAGGUGCGCACGCGCGCCAUCUGCUGCAAGCAGACCAGCAUGGUGGCUCCACUGCAUCUUCUACUCUUCGCCUGCAGGAAGGUCGAGUGGAUAGACAACGUGGUCCGUCUAGACAACUGGUUGAACUUCAGCAUGAGUCCUCGCACAGCAGCUCUUGUACUAGCUCUGAGACCUGCCAUUGAGAAACUUGUGGAGCGAGCCGCUGCUGAACCUGAUGCUGCGCUAAACUUCUCUGUGACUGAGAAGAAGGUAUUGCAUUGUAUCAAAUCACUUUGUAUGUUUGAUGCUGGUGAUUAUAACAUACGUCGUGAUGUCAGCACUCCCACAUUUAGAUCUGAUGCUGCGAAGAGAGGCACUCGGGGUUGGGGCACAAAUAGUCACAGAGGUAACUUUGGUAGUGCUGGUUCCGGAGAUCAAGGGGGAUUUGGCAAUCGGGGAGGAUUUGGCAAUCGAGGAGGUUUCGGUAAUAUGGGAGGAUUCGGUUAUCGAGGAGGAUUUGGUAAUAGAGGAAGCAGAGGUUUUGGAAAUAGAGGAGGGUUCGGAAACAGAGGUGGUUUUGGUAACCAAGGAAAUGUUUCCUAUGGGGGUGAUGGAAAUGGAUUCAAUAAUCAAAGCGGCUUCGGCAAUCGUGGCGGUUUUGGAAAUAAUAGAUUUGGUAAUAACUAUUACGGUAAUACGGGUGGAUUCCAAGGAAAUGAUGGUUUUGGUAAUUAAAGUUAUGGGCAUUCCGGCGGUCCAUAUAAUUCCUUAGUCAAUGUUUUGACGUGAACAUUAUUUAAUACUAUUUAAAUAUAACUUAAGACGUUGAUAAAUAAAAAAA